CAGCAACCGUAUUGUUUCGCCUUCAUUCCCGACUUCGUGAUAUCCCGUGCUCAGAACUGCGCAUACACUCUGUACUCUGUUUACUCUCAGUUAAAUAUCCUCCUGCCUCCUGCUAGUGGUGGAAGGACAUCAUGUCCCUGCCAACGCCCCAACCCAUCUCUGCGGCACACGCCAUCGGCGAGCUGCUCAAAUCACCCGACGACCUGCUCAAGAUCGCCGCGCUCCGAAAACGGCUCGAAAAAGAAAAAGCGAGUAUAAACGUCAAGCUCAAAAGCGGGGUCAAGGACCAGCUCGAGGCUACCCGAGAAGGACUGAGAAAGCUCAUGGGGACGAGGAAUAACGUCCAGUCCGUGAAGGACGAUAUGGCCAAUGUGCAUUUCUUGUGUCAGGACCCGGGGGCACGUGCGGGCGAGUUUGAACAGAUUAGCUGGAUGUCGGUCAUACAUAGAAACUUUGCCCUCACGGAGGAGAUGGUUUCCAACCUCUCGGAGAUGUACACCAAGCUGGCCACGCUCGAGUCCCAACUCUCGGCAGCGCGGGAUGAUCCGCUCGGCCCCUCGCCCCACCUCCUACCAAUGCACUACCAAAUCACGCAGCUCGAGGCCUUCCGGAACCAGACGCUGCAUCAGGCCAAGCGGGCGAACAGCGAUGCGCGCAAGACGCUUGCGAGAUACUUUGAGAGGUUGAAUGGGACUAUUGACGCUUUUGACGACUAUUUGAUGCUGCUUGCGAGGAGCGUCUUGGGCUUGGUCAGAGCGGGCCAGCCGGCGGUGGUCGUCAAGUUGAUCAAGAUCGCUGAAGUGGAAGGGAGGGAAGACGAAAAGGCACUAGCGAUUCGACUAGUGAAGAAGAUGGCAAAGAUAGACGCUGCAGCAAAGUUCAAGUCCAUGCAAGCCAACGCCCGCGUGAUCAAGAACUACCGCUCGAAGAUUUUUACCCAAAUCAGUGCAUCAAUCCAGGAAUCCUUCACUGCCGCCUACAUGCAGGAUCGGGAUGCGCCCGGAGCGUUCCUUGACAACUUGCAGUGGAUGUAUCAGGAUCUUGUGCGCAUUCAGGACGAUGUCGUACCCCUCUUCCCGGCGGAUUACGAGAUCUUCGCCUACUAUGUCAAGGCCUACCACAAGUCACUCAACAGCGUCCUUGUCGAGAUCCUCGAGACUGGCCCAGAAGCAUCCGUCCUCUUGCAACUGCACGCCUGGGUCAAAGACUACAAAACGAACAUGAAAGAGCUCAGUAUUCCUCAGGAGCUCAUCACCCCCCCUUUACUGGAUGGCAAAGAGCAAGGACUGAUCGACGACUACCUCAAGCUGAUCAUCGGGAAGAUGGACGAAUGGAGCAACAACCUCAUGCGUACAGAGAUCCGCGAUUUCUCAACGCGCGAACAGCCCCCAGAAGUCGACAGCGACGGCCUAUACGGAAUGCAGGGCGCCGUCAUCAUGUUCCAGAUGGUGAACCAGCAGGCUGACCUCGCUGCCGAUUCUGGCCAGGGGAGCGUACUGGCCAGCGUCGUGGGCGAGAGUAGCAGGGUUAUGCGCCGCACGCAGGAACAGUGGGUCAAGCUUGUCGAUCUCGAGUUUAAGAAACAGACCGAUAAGCCUGAUGAGGUACCGCCCGGAUUGGGGGAGUACAUCAUCGCACUGGCCAAUGACCAGAUCAAGUGCGCGGACUUUGCCGAGGCCCUUUCCGCUCGCCUGGAACCGCUCGUGAGCGAGAAAUAUAAAGUCAUCAUCUCCGACCGGUUGAACGAAGCCAUGGAUGGCUACCUGGACGUAGCGAAGAAAUCUACGCAAAUGAUCAUCGAUCUGAUAAUGCAUGAUCUCCGACCCGCGACGAAGGCGCUGUUCACUACCACCUGGUACGGUGGUGUGAUGACCCAGAUUGUGGAGACGAUGCGGGACUACAUGAACGAUUACCAGCCUUACCUGAACCCGUUCAUCCUCGACCUACUUGUUGAUGACCUCCUGGAUACCUUCCUCAUGACGUACCUUACUGCUCUGCGGAGGUGCUCCAAGCUCCAGAUGCCUAUGGCUGCAGAUCGGAUACGGGACGAUAUAAGCGAAGUGUUCAGUCUGUUUAGCGUGUUCAAGCAGCCCAAGGAACUUGAGACGAACUUUGAAAUCAUCGAGCUCAUUCUUGCCAUGCUCACCGCUUCGAAGAAACUCGUCUUCCUCGAUUUUUGGAACUUUGCUAAGAAGCAUGGGCCGAAUUUAGGAUUUGUGGAGGCGAUCAUGAGGGCGAGGGACGAUCUUACGCGGUCGGACGUGAGUGAGGUUAUGGAGAGCAUCAAGCGGAAAGUGAAGGAAGAGAAGCUUGGCGAACCGGCAGAGCCGACGAUCAUGAACCGUAUAACCGGUCAGAGUGCAUUCGCCAACAUUCAGAACGUGGUUGCAAACUUGAGGGUAUAG